AUGAGUAACUUCGAACAGUUCUACGAUGAUAUCAAAGCAACUGAACAAGAGGACUCGACGCUCACUUCACAGCAGCAGCUCGAUCGGCUUCUUCGUCCUGGUUCAACAUAUCUCAACUUGAACCCGUUCGAGGUACUACAAAUUGAUCCUGAUUGUGAUAUAGAAGAAGCUAAGAAGAAGUUCAAGAAAUUGUCUCUACUUAUUCACCCUGAUAAAAAUAUUGACGAUCGGGAUAGGGCUGAUCAGGCUUUCGAUAUUAUAAAAAAGGCAAUAAAGCAAAUUGAAAACCCAAUAGAGCUCAAUCGGUGCAAGGAUUGCUACACCGAAGCUCGCGCUCGACUGUCUAUCGUGAUGUCAGAAAAAAGGAGAAAACUCAAGAAAGAGACCGGGAACACCGAAAUCGAAGAGGAUGAUCCAGCUGUCUAUAAAAAGCAGCUAUGGGUGACUGUCACAAAAGUGUUUGCUGAUCGUGAAAAGAAGAGGAAGAUGCUCGAAGAACGUGCAAAUGAGGAGAAGCGCCGCGCAGCGGAAACUAUUCAACAAGCUGCUGAAAAAAGAAAGCUGGCUGAAGAGUUUGCAAAGAACUAUGAAGAAUCCAGAGAUGAAAGGUCAGGAAGUUGGCGUAAUUUUCAAGCAAAAAAAGCAAAGCGUGAAGAGGGUGGAAAAGUGAUGCGCGGAGCGGCGUUUCGUCCACCAAAACCAAAAUUACAAAAGUGA